AUGUGGGGCUCGUGGCUGGAUCAGAUCCAAAAGAAACUCGAUGAUGUCUCCGGACUGGCCGGUCAAGCGGAUGGGGAGGCAUAUGAAGAAGAAUACGAAGAAGAAUAUGAAGAAGAAGGAAAUGAAUCUCAACAGAAAAAAGAUGUAGCGAAUAAAUGGGAGGGAAUUAGUGAUCGUAAUGACACUACAUUAAAGCAACAGGAAGAGAAACCAGAACCAGAAUCUCAACAUCAACAUCAACAACAACAAGAGACGACACAAGUCCCAUCUCCUGAGAGGACUGCGCCUAUUACCGAAAGUAACAUGACGAAUGAUAACCAAAUAGUGAAGGAGACAUUACCAGUAAACCACGAGAGAUCCACAUCUGUAGAGAAGAUGAACACAACAGAAGAAGUGUUAGAGACACCAGCAGGAAAAGACGUACUACCGCCCUCAACCACAGUGGAAAGUGAAGGAGAUCAUAUAUCCUCCAAUGUGGUUCCCACUUUGCCUCCUCUUACGGAGUCGGAGUUAAUCCCCGUUGAUUCUGUAUCUCUCUCCGCUACGAGUGCUAUUACCACUGGUGUGGCUGCGACUGCUGUCCUUCACACUAGUAAGAAGGAUGCAUCUCAACAAGAGACAUCUGCACAACUUCUCCUUAUGCAACACGAAGUGAUUGAGUCUGUUGGGAGUGAGGACCAAUUGUUGCGUUUUCAACGUCAGUUGGCAGAAGAGAUGGAAGUGUCGAGAAUCCUCCGUGAGGAGAAUCAUCGUCUUAGCAGUACUCUAGCAUCUCUUGAGAAGGAAGUGAAUAGUUUACGUCAGGCUAGAAAAGGUGCGGUUGAUCCACAAAAACUGGUAGCACUAGAACGAGAGGGUUUAGAGCUUUCCACACAAUUAGGAAAAGAACGUGAACGUAAUAAAACACUACAAGAAAAGAAGGUACAAUUUGAAGAGCGUAUUGCUUCAUUGGAGGAUAAACUCGCACAUGCGGCACGACGAGAAGAAGAGUUAAAAAAUCGUGUAGAGACAAGUCGAGUGGAGUCCGAGGCGGCACAACAACAGUUAUCCGAACUCGGUAUACAACAAGAACAACAACAAAACUAUUUACAGGAAUUGCAACAAGAAAUAAUGCGGGCAAAACAACGUCAUGCGGAACUCAUAGAAGAACAUCAAGAGGAACUCUCCCGCCACAAGACGGAAUUGAGUUUCCAAAAGGAAAACACAUCCGAUGUACUAGAGAGUCUUCGCCGGGAGAAGGAAGGUCUCAUCUCAUCUCUGCAGCGGACUCAGGUGGAGUAUGAACAUCGUUUACGGGAGGUGGAGCGAAAACUUAUUCAAGCCAAUCGCCGCGCAGAUGAGGCAGAAACACGAUUAACAGAACAUGAAAGAGGUUCAUUAGCACCACUGCGGGAAAUGCGGGGUGCACUGGAGGAUGUGGAACGACAGAAGAAAUCACUUCUGCAGGAGUUGGAGUAUACAACACAAGAGUGUGCGGCGUUAAAACGGGGUCGUCUAACCGAUAUGGAGAGUCAUAGACAACAAUUGGCAGAUGUGCAGAGAGAACUACAAUUAAUGCAUGAUGAGAAACUUGCGACUGAGCGAGAGUUGGUACAGUGGAAGACUAGACAAUCACAACUGCAGAAAUCAUUAGAUAGUGCAUUGGAACGUGUUGCACGAGUGGAAGCGGCAAAUGAUAAUUUGACUGCUGCACUUGAAGAGGCAAAACGACGGGUGGAUAGUUGUAGUAAGAUCAAAGUCAAUGAUAGUAGUAAUAAUAAUAACAACAACAACAGCGGUAUCCAUGACGAUGAUGAUAAUAGCGGUAGUCUCUUCAAAAAAGAAAAUGAUAACAAUAAUAGUAGUUCACCGGUCUCUUUUUCGCAAUCUGUAAAGGAACCUGUAAGGACUCCGUUGCAUUUCUCAGAUACGAAUAAUAACAAUAGUAAUAGUGGUGUACGACUGGCGUUGUUUCAGCCAGAUAUCCAUGAGGUGCCUGGUGGUGAUUGUCGUGGAGGCCGUGGGCGGGUGGAGCGGGAGUUGGUGCGACAGGCUGUUGAGAUUGAACGCCUUCGCCGUGUAGAGAAGGAAGCUGCAGAGAUGCAGCAGAAAAUGUCAACACUCGCCGCACAGCAUGAUCUCCUGAUGCAGAUGUAUGGUAAGCUACAGGAGGAACUUCAACAACAACAACAACAACAACAACCCCAGCAGCAACAGCAGCAGCAGAAGAGUUAA